AUGGAGACCAACGUGCAGGACAGUAAAUCUACACCAAACCACGUUAUCUUCAAGAAGAUCUCCCGGGACAAAUCGGUGACCAUCUACUUGGGGAAGAGAGACUAUAUAGACCAUGUUGACCAAGUAGAGCCUGUGGAUGGUGUCGUGCUGGUGGAUCCUGAGCUUGUGAAGGGAAAGAGAGUGUACGUCUCUCUGACCUGCGCCUUCCGGUACGGCCGGGAAGACAUCGAUGUGAUCGGCCUGAAGUUCCGCAGGGACCUGUACUUCUCCCAGGUCCAGCUGUUCCCUCCUGUGGGGGCCUCGGGAACCCUCACGAAGCUACAGGAGAGCCUGAUCAAGAAGCUAGGGGACCACACGUACCCCUUCCUGCUCACGUUUCCUGACUACUUGCCCUGUUCGGUGAUGCUACAGCCAGCUCCACAAGAUGUGGACAAGUGCUGUGGGGUCGACUUCGAGGUCAAAGCCUUUGCCACACAGAGCACAGAUACAGAAGAGGACAAAAUUCCCAAGAAGAGCUCCGUGCGUUUGCUGAUCCGGAAGGUACAGCAUGCGCCGCAAAAGAUGGGUCCCCAGCCCCAAGCGGAGGCCUCCUGGCAGUUCUUCAUGUCCGACAAGCCCCUGCACCUCUCCGUCUCCCUCAGCAAAGAGAUCUAUUACCAUGGGGAACCCAUUCCUGUGACUGUGACCGUGACCAAUAAUACAGAGAAGACGGUGAAGAAGAUUAAAGCGCUAGUGGAACAAGUGGCCAACGUGGUUCUCUACUCGAGUGAUUAUUACAUCAAGCCGGUGGCCAUGGAUGAAACACAGGAAAAAGUGCCACCAAACAGCACCCUGACCACGACGCUGACCCUGGUGCCCUUGCUGGCUAACAACCGCGAGAGAAGGGGCAUCGCCCUGGACGGGAAAAUCAAGCACGAAGACACGAACCUUGCCUCUAGCACCAUCAUAAAGGAGGGCAUAGACAAGACCAUCAUGGGGAUCCUGGUGUCUUACCAGAUCAAGGUGCAGCUCACGGUGUCAGGCCUUCUGGGAGAGCUCACCUCCAGUGAAGUGGCGACUGAGGUGCCAUUCCGCCUCAUGCACCCCCAGCCUGAGGACCCAGAUAAGACCAAGAAAAGUUUUCAGGAUGAAAAUUUGGUUUUUGAGGAGUUUGCUCGCCAAAAUCUGAAAGAUGGAAGAGAACUUAAGGAAGAGAAGACAGACCAGGAGGCGGCUGUGGAUGAGUGAAGAGGCGGCUCAGGAUGGGGAAAUGGGGUCGUUAGCAGCAUGGUAGCAGCCCCCCACAGUUAGCCCUGUAGUUAUGCUAAAUACCAAAGUGCGGGUCUUCUUCACAGAAAUAAAGUUUGUCUCUUCUGUCCUG